ACUAUGAUCACUGUAGUUCUAAAAAUAAACAUUUUCCAUCAAAACUGGAAAUAGUACGGCGAAGCGGCACGGAUUCAAAACCCUCCCCAGCAGUUUCGAUGUGCUGCCCACGGUUUAGGAGUAGUUGCUGCUGCCGUUGCUAGUAGUGCGUAUCGUCCCCCUGUAUUUCUCUUCCAGGUCCCGUUUUUGUUCCUUCAUCGUUUCGAAUAGCGAAUUUCAAGCACUUCUUCGCCCGGAGGGGGUGUUAGAAAAACAAAGAGGAGCCAGACCGCCCCCACUCGAAAGCAACAGUCAUGGGCAAUCCUAGUCUGACGUACGAGAUUCUCCUCUACCUGAACUCGUUCUACUUCGGGAUGUUCGCGAUGUGCGAACUGGGCAUGAUCACCCUCAAGGCAGUCAACCUCAAGUAUCCGGAGCAUAUCCUGAUGCGGGAAACGUGCAUCCUACUGUCGCUCUGCCUGGUCGAGACGAUACGGAUCAUCCUGGGGAGGAAGGGCAGUCUCAGCGAUCACGGCUGGCAAGUCAUCCUAUCGGUUAUCCUAACAAUUCCUUGCGCGGUGGGAGUCGGUUAUCUCCUGUUCUAUCAAUUACACCGAUUACGCCUCGAAUACAUCCUAUGUGCCUUAAUGUUAUCUCUCCAGGCAGCUGAGCUACUGUUUGCGAUACUGUUCGUAUUCACACUCUGCCGUCCGACCUCGUACGACUAGGUUUGUUCAACUGUCCAAACUGUUUCCCUCUGUCUUGGCUUCCCUUCCAUCGUCCAAACCGGGAAGUUCGUGAGUCUCAUCUGACCAUUAUUCAUAUUCAUUUUAAACAAAAUGACAGGAUAGAUUAGCACUGACCAGUCUUUUUGAACAGUCUAUUCCAUUUCAUUCAGCGACCGUCGUCAUUUGAUAUCCAAGUUUUAACGAAGUAGAUUUUGCAUUAGACUUUUUACGAGCCAUUUCAAAGCCAAAAAAAAACAUUAAGCCAAAUUUCUGAGACUCGUACAGACAAUAGGAUACAAAGUAAAACCAUAAAUAUGAAGCAACACACAUAAGACUCAACAUUAAAAACAUACUUUCAAUACGAAUAGUUUCAUUAUCAAUUCAUUCAUACAUUUUGUAUCAUAAAUUGUGUUUUGUGAUUUACACGAAACUUUCAUUUCGUACUUUAAAAGGCAAAUGAUCCAAAUAUUUGUAUUUUUAAGAAAACUGUUUAUAACUCAUAAGUAAUCGAUCUACCCCGAAGAGAGGGUUAAUAAUUUAUUUAUUUAUGUGUUCUCUGUAAAAUCGCUGUAACAAGAAGCUAGUCACAAGACCAAAUAUCAAAACUAUUUCCGUUCUAAGUCCAACUGGCUCGUGCCAUCUAUGUGCUAUAUACAUUUCAGAACGAAAUGUAUCUGCACUUUCGAAUAGUCGAUUCACUACUAUUACGUAGACAGUAAGUGGUCUAGAGAGAAAAAAAAUCAAAGUAAAUCAAACGGGUUGACAAAACCAUUAAUUAGCGUUUGUAAUAGCUGUCGAUUAGCGGAACUCGUUUACAUUUGAGGGAAAGUUGUUUUAUAUAUAUGCAAAAUCAAGUAGUGAUGUAAAGGAUUAAUGGUAGUUAAAACUGAUAAAAAAACAAUGAAAAUCUGCAAUAUAUUCAGAAAACAAAAGAAACCAUUUUAGACCAUUUAUACCGACAAAAUAUACGAUAAAAAAGGCGGAGAAAAAAAGAACCCGUCGUGAAGUAACUGUUUCAGAGUAGUUUAACGCCCGAAGGAGCGAGGCAUCAGACAUUUACAUAAAAGCAAAUACCGAAUGUUUCAGCAUAGUUAUACAAAGCAAAAUCGACUUUUGAAUCUCCAUGAAGAAUUUUCGAACUUUCACAAGAUAGACUAAGCAUAGACAGGCAUUAACUAUGAUACGCACCCUUAGACCACCAAAGUCUUAUUUAAUUCUUCCGGCGUUACAUUAGAAUCAAUACUUCAAUUUUAACUUUUCACACUCCUAAUGACACCAUUGAAUUUUUUGAAAUUUACCACGACAGCACAAACCUCAACGCUUUUAACAUAUCUUCAAUUUUAAUAGUUUCUUUUGACUGAAGGUAAACUCCUGGAAAGUCGAUUCUGACACUUUCAAACAAUUUCACGAUAACUGAAAAAUUGUUUACUGUUGUUAUAACUACUUCGCCAGAGCUUAUCUACCAAAAAGAAUUUGAAAAACACAUUUCAGUAAUACACUGUUCUAGAUUUCUAUUCUCUGAACAUUUCUAGAUACCUUCCCAAACCACCACAAACCAAUGCUGCACCUUUUCUACUAAACUAGAUUACCUUAUCUAAUAAAAAAAAAGCCAGUCAAUAACGUGUAAGCGUAAAGUCUUUUUUGUACCGCCACGGAGCGAACCAUGACGACAAAGAAAUUCUUAAGACAAAAAAAUCAAAUCAGUACUGUGUUCUUCUUUUGUUAUCGUGUAACUUUCAAAGGCAAAAGACUUUGUAAUAAAACAUAUUACCUUUACGCAUGAUAAGUAACCUACACUGUAAAAA